GUUCUUACUGUACUAUCCGUAUUGAUCAACACGUCCCCAACGUUGUCUUCACAAGCCGUUGACCAACCGCCCAUCACAACCGCUACAUCCGACAUUCUCAAGUCGACGUUUCAAUUCCUCCGGAACAACGCCCAUCGACUCAAGGCAACGAUGCGUGCAGUCGUGGUAUUGGCUUACCUCCAGGCCAUCGUCCUCGCCUCCCCCAUGUCUCGGGGUCAACAACCGAAGUCCAAGUCCAAGGGGUUCAAGCUCGUGGCCAAGGUGACCGAGCCCGAGACCGACUUUGAGCCGUCCGUCAACCGGUAUUACGUUUCCGCCGCCCACGGAGGCGCAGGCCGGGGGCUCGGGGUCCUCGAUGCGCAGUCCGCUCGCAUCUGGUAUCUGAACGGCACCACCUCGGACAUCCUUGAGGGGAAGGCCAACACCAUCUCGGACGGCGGAGAUCCGCCUUUCCCCAGCGGAUUCAGGCUUGCGGCUCCCCAAGACGAGAUCUCUCCCGUCCGCGUUGAUAUGGGAUCCGGAACCCCCGGCGUGCAACUCACCAGGCCCUCCGGCAGCUCUUACCCAUACCUGACGACUCCGAGCGGCGUUGGUUCCUAUAUCGCAUGCAACGAGGAGGUGCCAUACUACGGGAAGCGCAAGUUUUCAGUGCUCAAGUACGCGGCUGCCGAUGUGCCCAAAGGUUGUGCCCAGAUAGACCUCAUCCCGCAGUGUGCGGAACUGCCGGAGGAGGGGUCUCUCUCACGCGAGGCAUUUGCACAAGAAGUUCGGUGUUACGAUGAUAUUUCUCCACUCUUUGGGGAACGAUGAGGAGUAUCAGGCGAGACGCAGACGCAUUCCGGCGUUGGAUCUGGGCUGCGCGUGGC